AUGGAUGCUUUGAAAAUUCUGUAUUGUUUCUUCUUGAUUCCUUUUCUUUCUUCAGCAGCAUCAUCAUCGAAACAUUGUCAACCAUCUUAUUGUGGUGUCAACCUUGUUCAAUAUCCAUUCAGGCUAAUCGGGCUACAACCCGAAUCAUGUGGUUCACCGGGCUUCAAUCUACAAUGCGUAAACCAAACCACAUUGCUUAUCCACCUUCCAAAAUCCAACAAUUUUGUAGUACAAAACAUCAACUAUCACUCUCAAACCAUACAAAUCUACGACCCUUUAAAUUGCCUUCCCGCGCGUUUCUUAACUUUCAACCUCUCCAAUUCACCUUUCUCGUUUUCUAACGCACAAAACUACACUCUUUUAAGUUGCCCGAAUCAUGAAGUUGGGAGUUUGUAUGGUUUUACCAACAUUUAUUGCCUUAGUAAUUCUUCUUAUACUACUUUAGCUACCACUUCUUCAAGUGCUGUCGUAAAAUCUAUCACCCGUAAUUAUACAUCUUGUUCGAUCUUUGGGUUCAUACAAAUGCCAGAGGAAGUGGCAGAGAGACGAUAUAGCGACUUGUGUGUGAAGCCACCAUAUUGUGAAAUUCCUGGUAGUUUGGAUUGGUAUCAAUAUGAAGACCCAAAUUGCAAAGAAGAUAGCUCUCAUGAUCAAAAGUGUGUCAAUGAUAUUACAAAAGGAUGGUUUGUCCCGCAUUUGCUCCUCUACCUAGGUAUGUUGGCCCUGGUGAUUAUUCUGAUACUUUUGCGACGUUGUCGUAACAAGCAUCCACAUAUGGAAGCAUACACAAUUCUCUUUUAUGUCCUCUUUAUAAUUCCACUUCUUUCUUCAGCAGCAUCAAAUGAUUGCACAACUUCCUACUGCAAUAAUCGAAGCUUCAUCGGUGUCCGAUUUCCUUUCAGAAUAAUCAACCAACAACAAGAAAACUGCGGUUUUCCGGGGUUCAACCUACGUUGUGUUUUUUCAAACAUGCUACUAAUCCAUCUCCCAAACUCUGGUGACUUUGCAGUUCGGAGUAUAGACUAUCUUAAUCAAGCCAUACGAAUUUACGACCCCUUUAAUUGCCUUCCGGCUAGGCUAUCUUCCACAUUUGACCUCUCUGAUUCACCUUUCUCAACUUCUUACUUUCAAAACUAUACUCUUUUGAGUUGUCCAACUAGUGCUCCUUUGUUUGGUUUUAAACCUAUUGAUUGCCUUAGCAAUUCAUCUUUUUCGGUUCUAGCUACUACCUCUGAGGGUGUAGUGGCAUCAUUGACUAGAAUACAAACAGGUUGCCUAGUAUCCAGGACUAUAAUGAUGCCAAUGGCCAAUCAAACCAUUCAAGAUGCGUCUACAUCGCAGCUAGACCACGAUAUAACUCUAACAUGGGAUGCACCGAAUUGUGAGAGUUGUGAAUCAUUUGGUCUUUCGUGUGGUUACGCAGAUAGUAGCUCGCAGAAGACAACCUGUUUCUCCAAUAUAGCUUCUCCGAAAGUUUCCAGUGUAUUCAGGAUCAUAGCAUUUGCCAUGGCAAUACCAGCAAUUGCAGCAUCCCUAAUGAUUGCAUGUUUCAUGUGUACAAAAGAUAGGCAUCAUGAAAUCAUGAGAAGCCGGAGAACAACCAACACCAGUAUAACCCCAGUAGACGCCGUUCCAAGACCAAACAGCAUUAUUAACGGUCUUGACCAAACGACCAUCGAGUCCUACACGAAGGUUGUUCUAGGGGAAAGCAAGCGUCUCCCGGGACAUGAUGAUGCAUCAUGUCCAAUUUGCUUAUCGGAGUACCAUGUCAAGGAGACAGUGAGGUGCAUACCCGAGUGUCUACAUUGCUUCCAUGCCGAAUGUAUCGAUGAGUGGCUGAAAAUGAAUGGGACAUGUCCGAUUUGUAGGAAUUCACCUUCUCCUAGCUAA